CGGUGGCGAUGGACGUGGAGAGGUCGUCGCUGUGCAAUUGCGUGGUGAACUUCCUUCUAGAAGAGAACUACUUGUUGACGGCAUUCGAGCUUCUCCACGAGCUCCUCGACGAUGGCCGAGACGAUCAGGCCAUUCGCCUCAAGGAGUUCUUCUCAAAUCCUUCUCAAUUCCCUCCCGAUCAGAUCUCUCGCUUCAACUCUCUCCGAGUUGCUGACCCACAGAGUUUGCUAGAGGAGAAAGAAGGACUAGAGGAAAAAUUAGCACUCAGUGAGUAUGAGCUCCGCUUAGCACAAGAAGACAUCUUGAAACUUAGGACCGAGUUACAGAAGAAAAAUGAAUCCCCUAUCAAUGACUUAAGAGGGGAACCUGUAGAUGUCUCCAUAAAUUGCGGUCCAGAAUUUAUGCGGCAGAAGAGAGAUGCUCCCUUUUCUGAUUUAGGCCCGUUGAAGGAGAAUGAACGUCAGGAUCUUAACUGUGCUGUGAAAGAAUAUUUACUUAUAGCAGGUUACCGGCUAACUGCAAUGACAUUUUAUGAAGAGGUAGCAGAUCAGGACUUAGAUGUUUGGAAGAAUAUACCUGCAUGUGUACCAGAUGCCUUGCGCCAUUAUUAUUAUCAAUAUCUUGCAUCCACUUCAGAGGCUGCUGAGGAGAAAAUUGCUAUGCUUCAAGAAAAGGAGUCCUUACAGAAGGAAAAUGAGAGGUUGAAUCAUGAAAAAUCACGCUUGCUGAAAAACAAAGAUUUAGCUGAUGGUCAAAUAAGUGCGUUAACUAAAGCUUUAGAAGCUCAUCAGAAGGACCUUAAAGACAAAGAGAACUUGGUUCAAAAUCUCAAGCAGUCCUUGGAGCUCCAGAGAAAGGAUCUCAAUGAUUGCAGAUCUGAAAUCACUGCACUGAAGAUGCAAAUUGAAGGGUUUCAGUCUGGACGACUUUUAACAGCUACUGAUGCUGAUCCUCCCCAAUCUGAUUCCAUAGAAAGGUACAAGGAAGAGAUCAAAUCCCUGCAGAUGGAAAUAGAAGCCUUAAAAUUGAGGAAUGCAAAUGCUCCAGAUUCUUUGGUUUCCAUAUCUUCUGAUAAAGAGUAUGCUCAAGCAUCGGAAAAAAUAGUUGAGAUACAUGAAGAUAAAACUUCAACUGCUCCUCCAGUUGGUACAGCUCCGAGAGUUACAGAUGGCGAAGAUGCUCAAUCCCUGAUUACCCAAAUUUCUGAUGAUAGCAAAGAUAAAUCUGAGGAACUUCCACAAGGGGCACCAGUGAAUCCUUCUAAUGACACUUGUUCCUUGGAGAACAGUGGGAAUGUCUCCAAACUUAAUGGCGAACUGCCAUCAGAAGAUGGCAAGCUACUUCUAAAGUCGGACAAUCUCAGUGUUGAAGCUGCUUCUGAGACAACGGGUCCAGGGACCAUUCAGAUUCUAGCUGCGGCCUUGCCAAAGAUUGUUCCUUACGUCCUGAUCAAUCAUCGGGAGGAGCUUCUUCCCCUGAUCAUGUGUGCAAUUGAGCGCCAUCCGGAGAGCAGCACCCGGGAUUCUUUGACCCACACAUUAUUUAACCUAAUAAAACGUCCGGAUGAGCAACAAAGACGAAUAAUUAUGGAUGCAUGUGUUAGCCUUGCUAAGAAUGUAGGGGAGAUGAGAACAGAAACAGAGCUGCUGCCCCAAUGUUGGGAACAAAUAAAUCACAUGUAUGAGGAGCGUCGGUUGCUGGUUGCUCAGUCAUGUGGACAGCUUGCAGAAUUUGUUCGACCAGAAAUCCGUGAUUCUCUUAUUUUAUCUAUUAUUCAACAACUAAUUGAAGAUUCUGCAACCGUUGUUCGUGAGGCUGCUGCAUGUAAUCUUGCUAUGCUGCUGCCGCUCUUUCCAAAUAUGGACAAAUAUUUCAAGGUUGAGGAGUUGAUGUUCCAAUUGGUCUGUGAUCCCUCUGGAGCUGUGGUGGAUACUACACUCAAACAAUUAGUUCCUGCGGUAGUUAAGUGGGGAAACCAAUUAGAGCAUGUUUUAAUGGUACUUCUCUCACACGUGUUGAGCUCUGUUCAGCACUGCCCACCCCUAUCAGGGGUUGAAGGAUCUGUGGAGUCGUAUCUUCAUGUUUUAGGCGAAAGAGAACGUUGGAAUGUUGAUGUUUUACUUAGACUGCUGGCAGGAUUGCUUCCUUCUGUGCAUGAGAAAGCAAUUGAAACAUGCCCUUUUCCUUCCAUUCCUGAAACAAGUGCAACUAAAUUUUCUACCCCAUUGCUUGAAUUGUAUGCAGGGGGACAUGUACAAUGGCCUGCAUUUGAGUGGAUGCAUGUAAAUUGCUUACCCAAUUUGAUACAGUUUUCCUGCUUGUUACCUCCUAAAGAAGAUAAUUUGCGAAAUCGAACUGCUAAGAUCUUGUUGGCUAUAUCAGAACUUUUUGGGGAUCCUUAUUCGACACAUGUUAUGCUGCCUGUGUUCUUAUUGGCUGUUGGUGAUGAUGGUGAUUUGACAUUUUUCCCAUCUGCGGUCCAGUCUAAAAUCAGAGGUUUGACUCCAAGGACGGCUGUAGCCAAAAGACUGGCCACCAUGUGUGUCCUACCUCUUCUCUUGGCAGGUGUCCUUGGAGCUCCAAAUAAGCGUGAAAACUUAGCAGCAUACUUGAAAAGUCUGUUAGUUCAAGGUGCUGCGAAGGAACCUCAGUCAACAAAGUGCUCUGCUGAGAUCGUUGACGCUGUCCGCUUCCUUUGCACAUUUGAAGAACAUCACACUAUAAUAUUUGAUAUCCUAUGGGAAAUGGUUGUAAGCUCCAAUGUAAAUAUGAAGAUCAGUGCUGCCAGUCUGUUGAAAGUCAUUGUUCCCUAUGUAGAUGCAAAAGUUGCAUCCACACGCAUUUUGCCUGCCCUAGUUACUCUGGGCUCUGACCCAAACCUUAAUGUAAAAUAUGCAAGCAUAGACGCCUUUGGACCUGUUGCCCAGCAUUUUAAAAUUGACGUGAUUGUUGAUAAGAUAUGUGUUCAAAUGGAUGCUUUUCUUGAAGAUGGAUCCCAUGAAGCUACCAUCGCUGUAGUUCGAGCUUUGUUGAUAGCUGUUCCUCAUACAACGGAUAGACUUAGAGAUUAUCUUUUGUCUAAGAUUUUCCAAUUUACUGCUACUCCAAUUACUGCUAGUAAUCUGAUGCGACAGCGUGAAAGAGCCAAUGCAUUUUGUGAAGCAAUACGUGCUCUAGAUGCUACAGAUCUCUCAGCAGCUAGUGUCCGGGACUUCCUUCUACCUGCCAUACAGAAUCUGUUGAAGGACUCGGAAGCUUUGGAUCCAGCACACAAGGAAGCCCUUGAAAUUAUAAUGAAGGAGAGAUCUGGUGGAACCUUCGAAACCAUCAGUAAGGUUAUGGGUGCUCAUAUUGGGAUUGCAUCAUCUAUGACCAGUUUCUUUGGCGAAGGUGGGCUCUUAGGCAAGAAAGAAAGUGCAGAGCAACCGUCAGGGACGGACGAAUCCCCAAAGCCCGUUCCACCUUUACCGGCAGAGGAUACCAGAUUCAGGAGAAUCAUGAGAGGCAAUUUUACAGACAUGCUACGAGGCAAAGUAAAGGACCCAGAGGAAACUCAGAACCAGUGAAGUUUGAGUUCCAGCCGAUAGUAGCACGGCUAGAGUACGCUUCUCAUCCGUUUCUUCAUGCGUGAAUAUCAUUCUUGUUUACCAUGUUUGAGGUUGUCAUCCACUAACGGUAUGCCAUUUUUUCAUUUUUUUUUCUUUGUUUUUAGUUUUUGUAUGGGAUAGGGA